UCUGCACACCCGGACUGCACUGACACCCUCCUGUUUCCAGCUCCUGCUUUCAAAGUACAGAGGAGAACUCCUGCUGCCAGGAAAAAGUGAUCUACAAAAUAGACUUGGACGAGACUCAAGUGAGGCGUGAUCUUGUCAGUGCACUUCUUGUAGGGUGGCCCGCAGUCGCAGUUUUGCUUGCUUUCAGAAUCGGAGGCGCACUUGCUGGUGCAGUCGCAGCUGCACACGGAUGUACAAUCGGAGGUGGAUUUGGAUUGAUUGGCGCAGACAUGACCAUCAGUUGCAGUUUAACAGGCAUACUUGGAGGCGCAGUCGGAGGCAUAGUUGGAUGCAUACUGACACACACAGUGACGCAUUCUACCACGGUCGGAGGCGCAGUCGGAGGUGCAGUUGGAGGCAUAAUGACACUCGCAUUCACAGCUGCUGGUGCUAGCGUGGUCUGGGGCUUUAUCGGAUUCAUAAUCGGAGGGGCAGUCGGAGGUGCAGUCAGAGGCAUACUGACUCUCACAGUCACAGUUGCAGGUGCUUCUGUGGUCGGAGGUGCAAUCGGAUUCAUAUUCGGAGGUGCAGUCGGAGGCAUACUGACACUCACAGUCAUAGCUGCAAGUGCUGCUGCGGUCGGAGGCGCAAUCGGACACAGAUUCGGAGGCACAGUCGGAGGCACAGUCGGAGGCGCAUUCGGAAGAGCAGUCGGAGGCGCAGUCGGACACUCAGUCAGAGGGGCAGUCGAAGGCGCAGUCAGAGGCAUACUCACACUCACAGUCACAGUUGCAUGUGCUGCUGUGGUCGGAGGUGCAAUCGGAUUCAUAUUUGGAAGUGCAGUCAGAGGCAUACUCACACUCACAGUCACAGUUGCUGCUGCCAUCGGAGGCAUAAUCGCCUACAGAUACGGAGGUGCAGUUGGAGGUGCAGUCGGAGGUGCAGUCGGAGGUGCAGUUGGAGACAUACUGACACUCACAUCUGCAGGUGCUGCUGCUGUCGGAGGAAGAGCAUUGGCACUCAUAGACCCAGGUGCAGUGGCACUCAGAGACACACUGAGAGACACGGAUGCAGUCAAAUUCUCAUUCAGACUUGUGCUAGGUGGAGUCACAUUCCUAGCUGCAGCAGCUUUGUUUCUUUACGUUAUCUUCAGUGAGGAUGAGCAGGAAGAGGAACUGAGAGAAAUGGAGGAGAGACGGAUGAAGUGGGCGAUGGAGAAUUGGCUCAGAGUGAUAGAGGAGAUACUGAAGAAAGAGAUGGAGGAGAAACUGACAAAGAUGAAGUGGUGGAGGAAGAUAGAGAUGAAGAGUAAACUUAGGAAAGAAAUUGAGGAGAAACUGAGUGAGAUCAAGAAGACGCUGGAGGUGGAGAUAGAGAAGACACCGAGUGAGAUAAAGGCAACAUGGAAGAAGAUGGAGAAGAAACUGAGGCAGCUGAAGGAGAAACGGAUGAGGAAGCUGGAGGAGGAACUGAAGAGUAUGGACCCUGAAGAGGCCUGCAGAAGAAUCAAGUUACUGAAGGACUUUGUACAGAUGUAUGAAAAGGAGAAGCAGGAAACUGAAGAACUCCUCAGAGAACUCAAUGGGAUUGCUGAUGGGCUGGACAAAGUGGACAGGGACUGUACCAUCGCUAGGACUGCAGGGAGCUCUGCUGGUGUAGUCGGGGGGGUCCUGACCAUUGUGGGGAUAGGCCUGGCUCCUGUUACUUUUGGAGCUUCCCUUGGACUGUCAAUUGCAGGCACUGUGACUGCUGUAGCUGGCACAGUCACCAGUGGUGGCGCACAAAUAGGAAAGCAUGUACAGGAUGGCAAGGCUAACAAGAGAGUAACGGAAAUACUGGAAAUAAUUCACACUAAAAACAUAGCACUUAGUAAAUUGUGCAAAAUUGCACUCCCACAAUGUAACUGGAAUAUAGAGGACGCUGCUUUAACAGGCAUUGUUAAAACACGUCUUUCUGAUGCUGCUGCUGCUGCAGGCCUGAUUGAUGCUGCUGUUGUUGCUGCUGCAGGUGCUGUUAUUGAUGUUGCUAUAAGUCUUGAUGCUGUUGCUGGUGUAACCCCAAACCCAAGUGAUGAUGGUGCUGGUGGUGUUGCUGCUGUUGGUGCUUCUGUUGUUAAUAGUGGUCGUGUUCUUGCAGGCCUGGUUGAUGAUGCUGCUGCUGCUGCUGCUGCUGGCCGUGUUGCUUCAGCCCUGGUUGAUGAUGCUGCUUCUGUGGCGCUCAAAAGUACAGGCAGAGUAGUCGGAGGUGUUGCUGCUGGAGUGUUUGUAGUUUGGGAUGCCGUGCAGAUUGCUUUAAAUGCCAAAAAACUUCAUGAAGGGAGUCCAACUGAAAGAGCACAAGAGAUUCGCAAGCUGGUGGAAACUGAAGAAUUAGAACUAGCAAAACUGGAGGAGGUCAAUUGUGACAUAAAGAACAUUUUGUAACCUGUGAGUCAGCACAGGGCUAUGGAGGAAGGUGCACCAGAAGAGAUUGUUCUUCCUGUCAGAUCUGCAGCUGCUACUAUAUCAACAGUUUUGUGUUUGCUGCCUGCUCCAGGUUAUCAUAAUUAUAAAUCACAGAAACCAACCAAUCACAGAGCAGUAUUUCCAAACAUUCCUAUACCCCUUGUUAUCUUGUGUAUAAAUAUAUAAAAAAAGAGAAAAGAAAAUGAAGAAAGAAGAAAAAGUAAAAAAGAAAAGAAAAAUAAAUAAAUAAAUAAAUAUCAUCCCGUGCAUAGGCCCUAACCCUAAAAAUCUCCUCCCUAUACAAUAACAAUAAUACACCAGAUUAAAGUGACUGUUUCCACUCUACACAGUUUCUGAAUGACGCUUCAGGAUACCUAAUGCUAGCAUGUAGAUAGAGUCGCCCCCGCGGUCACACAGCACAGAUCGGCUGCUGUACUGUAGGUCAGUUACAGUCUAUCCUCGACCACCCUGGACAGAAUUAUUUUAAUAUAUUGCAUUUUAUCAGCCUGUAAUCAAUGUAAUCAUUUUAUCAGCCUCUAAUCAAUGUAGUCAUGUUAUCAGCCUGUAAUCAAUGUAUUCAUUCUUAACAUUAUAAAAAUUAUAAAAUUAUAUAUUAAAUCUAGAGCUCUCACACAGACCUCUAGUGGCCAGAAUAGAAACUGCAGCUCCAAUUCACCACCAGUGAAGUCAUCAAUGACAUCACCAUCACAGAGAAAAGCACAGAUACAACUCUGAUACAUCCAUUAUCUGUAACGCAUAGCUUAAUCCUAUAGAAAGUUGCAGUGAGCUGGGGCCUAAACCAGCAGACAUAGGGCGCAAGGCGAGACUACACCCUGGACAGGAUGCCAGUCCAUCACAGGGCAAAUAAGGGCCAAUUUAGAGAGGCCAAUCCCCCUAGCCAGCAUGUCUUUGGACUGUGGGAGGAAACCAGAGUACCCUGAGAAAACCCACGCAAACUCCACUCAGACAGACCCCUGAGUCCGGAAUCGAACCCAGGAGCUGUGAGGCAGCAGCGCUAACCACCACGCCAAUGUGCCGCCCUUUAAGUCUGAUACACUCCAGCUAUAUCUAAUCUAUGUAGAGUUCUCACAGAGACCUCAAGUGGCCUGGAUAGAAACUUCAGCUCCUAUUCACCACCAGUGAAGUCAUCAAUGACAUCAUUAUCACAGAUAAAAGCACAGCUUUUCCAUGAGUUCUUACAGAUACAGACUGCACUCUGAUACACUAGUCCUGCUAUAUAUUAAACUAGCUGAAGUACCUGCCGUUGCCCGGGGAAAUUCAAUAUUUCAAGCAUGAUAAAUUGGGGAACGAUAGCCUUAUGGUUUCCUAUAAGUUAUCAAUCUUGGGUAUUGCACAAUGCGCUCGGACCCCUUUCCCUUUUUUUAACUUUCUUUUUUUAAAUUUUGGUAUUGUGGGGUUUCUUUAAUUUGAGAUACAUGGCUACUGCAGUAAUCCAGCAAUUGGUUUACUAAAUAAAGUACCCCGGGGGUAAACAUUUUGGAUCCAAACACAGCCCUCGACCUUCCCCUAGAUGAAAGAGGAGGCCGUGCAAAGUUUGGUUGCACUGGCUCCAGCAGGGUCCGAAUGCAGAAAGGAACAGACAGACAGACAGACAGACAGACAAACUUCUUUAUAUAUUAAGAAAGAUAUAUAGAGCUCUCACAGAGACCUCUAGUGGCCAGGAUAAAACUGCAGUUCCUAUUCACCACCAGUGAAGUCAUAUAAAAAAAGACACAAACACACCAAUGAAUUCUCUCUGGUAUUUUGCCACAUCGCUGUUAAAAUGUAAUAACCUGGCAGCAGUGUGGAGCGGUGGUGGUUAUAAUCAGUUAUAAAAAAAAGUAAUAUACUGUAGAAUAUACUUGUUAUCAAAAUAGUCUGGUUUCAGUAUACUAUUACAAUAGUACCACUAGUAUUAUCCUAUAUUAUAUUGGUGCAAGUAUACUUAUUAUCAAAAUAGUCUGGUUUCAGUAUACUAUUACAGUAGUACCAUUUAAGGUAUCCAUUUUAGGACAUCCUCAGAAUUCACCCCUCCUUGAGUCGAUCCUCACCCCUACUCGACUAAAUCGUCAGACAUUAGACCUCAACCCUCCUCGAGUCAAUCCUCACCGCUCCUUGACUCAAUCAUUUGACAUCAGACCUCACCCCCUCUCGAGUCAAUCCUCACCCCUCCUAAAGUCAAUCGUCAGACAUCAGACCACACCCCUCCUCGAGUCAAUCCUCAUCCCUCCUAAAGUCAAUCGUCAGACAUCAGACCACACCCCUCCUCGAGUCAAUCCUCAACCCUCCUCGACUCAAUUGUCAGGCAUGAGACCUCACCCCUUCUCAAGUCAAUCCUCAACUCUCCUCGAGUCAAUCCUCGUCCCUCCUCAAGUCACUCGUCAGACAUCAGACCUCACCCUUCCCCGAGUCAAUCUUCAACCCUGCUCGAGUCAAUCCUCAUCCCUCCUCAAGUCAAUCGUCAGACAUCAGACCUCACCCCUCCUCGAGUUAAUCCUCAACCCUUCUCGAGUCAAUCCUCACUCCUCCUCGAAUCAAUCGUCAAUCCUCACCCCUCCUUGAGUUAAUAGUCAGACAUCAGACCUCACCACUCCUCGAGUCAAUCCUCAUCCCUCCUCAAAUCACUCUUCAGACAUCAGACCUCACCCCUCCUCGAGUCAAUCCUCACCCCUCCUCGAGUCAAUCCUCACCCCUCUUUGAGUCAAUCCUCACCCCUCCUUGUCAAUCCUCACCCCUCCUUGAGUCAAUGCUCAACCCUCUUCGAGUCAAUCCUCACCCCUCCUUGUCAAUCCUCACCCCUCCUUGAGUCAAUGCUCAACCCUCCUCGAGUCAAUCCUCACCCCUCCUUGAGUCAGUCCUCACCCCUCCUUGAGUCAAUACUCGCCCCUCCUCGAGUCAAUCAUCAGACACCAGACCUCACCCCUCCUCGAGUCAAUCCUCAACCCUCCUCGAGUCAAUCAUCAGACAUCAGACCUAACCCCUCCUUGAGUCAAUCCUCACCCCUCCUUGAAUCAAUCCUCACCCCUCCUUGAGUCAAUCCUCACCCCUCCUUGUGUCAAUCCUCACCCCUCCUUGUGUCAAUCCUCACCCCUCCUCAACUCAAUUCUCAGGCAUCAGGCCGAUUUUUUAAAUUUUUUUUUCGUGGAGAGUGAGGUGUUGAACAGAGUCGUCUGAUUCAUCCAAUAAAACAAGAACAAAACAACUUUCGGUGCUUCCAUUGGAUGACACAGAUGUCAUUGCAGCUGCUGAUUGGUGGAUGCAUUUUUACCUUUAUUUAGCAUGUAAUAUGUAUACUGUAAGUAUUUUAAAAAAAAUACUUUAAAAGUUACAAUGUGCAAUUUAAUUAUUUGAAUUAGUUUGGAUUUAAAUUAUAAGGCAAAUCAUCUCAGCAUACAUGUUGUUUUUUUCCGAUAUAUUUCUUAUUUAAUUAAAUUUUGUUAUGCAAUUGAAAAAUCCCACUUGCAGGAAUUAUUCCCCAGGACAAAUCUACUGCAGUUUAAUAAUAAUAGGACACUUUAUCCUAUCAAAGUAGUGGAAAUUGGUCUGGGGACUUGAUUUUAUGUGCUGGGACAAAAGCCUUGGAACCGUUCAAUAAUGCAAUAGACCUGGUAUGUGUAAUUUAGUUCCCUUUCAAUUGAAAGAUGACCGCCAAAUUUAAUACUUUUGGGAUAUGCCUUGUCAGGUAUUCGCUGAGCAUUUUAUAUCAAAGUAUGCCGAUAGGCCCCUCAGCAGAGUGACGUCCUCGGUCCCGCCUCACUGAGGUAAUAAAUACUUACUGAGCGGAGAUCUCAGUCUUUUUUGCCUUUCACUGACAGGUAGGUAAAGUGGUGAGUAACCCUUUUUUCUAGUUGUGAUUGACUCUUUAGAGCUCCUUCUAGUUUUUAUGAGACCCCUUGCAAUUAUUUGCUGGAAGUAGGCUUGCCAUUUCCCCGGAAUCAGAAACUCGGCAACUGAAGGCUGAG